AACUGAAUAUGGUACCCUGUUAGUAGAGUACACACCGAAAGUGGCAAUAAUCCAUGAAAGGUCACAGAAUAGAGCUGCCGGCAGAAAUAUAAAGCGAAUUACAGCCGAAUUGUUGUUUGUUGAGAUUGUUUUCAUAUCUGUAAAAAAAGAUGGCAAAGAAGCCGAAAGCUGGUAAAGAUAAGAAGAAAGAUAAAGCCGUGAAAGCCUUGACACCAGCGGAACCACCGCCACCUGAUCCCGUGGAGAUCGCCCGGCAGUUGCGACUGCAGCAGAAAUUUACCAGACUGGAAUUGUUAAAGCAAAAUUCCGACCGUCUCCAACAUAUGACUUAUGAUAAACGGCAAGAAAAUGAGCAAUACAGCAAAUACAUAGAUAAAUUGGAGAACGAGACUCUGAAUGAGCUGCGAUCCUAUCGCGUUUGCCGGAAAGACUUAUUUGCCGAUAUAAAGAAACGAUACGUUGCUGAUGCCGGGCAGCACCAUCAGUAUUUGGUGGAAAAGCGGGAUCUCUUAAGAGCCAAAUCAACGCGACUAAUUUCCAAACUCAACAACGAUUAUUUACAACUGAUGGAAAAUAAAUCGUCAUGGGAUAGCAACAUGCUGAAACUUCGGCAUCUUAAGGGAGUCAAAGAAGAACAGCACAACAAAAUUCAUCGCCUUCGCCUGGAUUUAGCCCACUCGAUUAUGAACCUGAAAUCCGAAAGCCGAAAACUACGGUUGCGGCACGCGCGAUAUCGUGUUAGCGAUUUAGACGGGCGUCAACAUCGUCUGUCCACAAUUUCCGAACAUUUAGAAAAGGAGACCGACUCGCAUUUCAUCCAGCAGCUGGAAGCCAAAUGGGUUUCCAACCGGCGGUUGUCAGCGGCAAUUAAAAGUCGUGUACAGCAAAUUAAAGUUCUUCGAGAUUUGCGACAGAAACUGCAGGAGACGGACCGGCAAAAUAAUUUCCAUCACCAGUAUUUGUUGAAAUAUGAGAAAGAACUGUCAACGAUGAAUUCUGUGCCGGUUACAAAUAGUUGGCUGGGCGGUCGGCAAUGCGCCCAGGGCAGCGGAACACCGGAGGCAGGGAAUCGUCCGCAAGGGAGAAAUGAGCGCUGGUUUCAGCUGUAUGAUUGGAAUCAUUCGGAAAGUCGGAAAUGAAGAGUUUCGGGAAUGCAAAAUUGUCAAAAGCCACAAUACUAAUAAGACGCGACAACGAAGUCGAAGAAACUGCACCAAUGUAAGAAAACUGGACGAUUCAAAGAACAUAACAAAACCAGAGAGGUUUUUUCUAAUUUCACGAAUACCGGCUUAUAACAAACCAAAAUUCUUUUGUUUUUAACCUUUUUUUAGCUUCUUUGCUUCAAAUUUCGUAAUAAAUUCUUACAAUUCUUGAUUUCAUUGUUCUUAAAAGUUUUUUUUAGCUUUUCCUAGUUCGUAGUUUAAUACCAUGUCGGUCAGGCGCGAAUAUUUUUAUAAAUACGCAUAUAAAAUACGGAGAAA